AUCACUUUUCCAUUAUUUCUACUUUGCACGAAAUUAGUAAGUUUGCACUUGCCACGAUUAUCCAAGAUUGAAAAUUAUUAAAAUGUUCGCUAACAAGUAUAAUGUCGGUGGCUGUGUACAUAGAUAUAAACCCCAUUAGAAUGUGUAAUUAACAUAAAAUGACCAAGCGAUCAUCUUAGACCACAUUGAGUUUUAACUGUAUUCCUGCCUUAAUCUUCUCAUCUAUAAAUGUAUUUAAAUAUAUAAUUCUUGCAUUUUGUUGUUAUACGUAAAUGCAAAAUAAAAUAUGUAUUAAUUAUGAAUGAAUUUCUAGUGGCGAUACAAAUCAAAUUUCCCAUCUAUUUUUUCCUUGACCUGAUGAAACAAUACGUGUCGAUUUAUCUAUGGAAUAAAUUCAAGGUGCCUUCUGACCACUGGAAAUCAUAUCUUUUAUUCAUUCAUUGUUAGAAAAGAAGACAUAUUAAGACAAACGAUUAAAAUGAACACGUCGAAGAUAUAUUGCGAGAGUUUAUUUAAUAAUUUCUUGUUUGCAAAUUAUUUUACUUUCUGGCGCGCUUGAAUAACGAAACGAUCAAAUAUAAAUAUGCAUGUAUAUAAGCAGACACACAUAUGGAGAUAUUGAAUUAUUUUCAACUGAUCACAGAUCAAACGAUUUUCUAAUUACACCCUUAUAAGUUUAAAAUAUUAUAAAUGAAUUACUGGCUUAGAAUAUUAUAGAAGCAUCCAUGUAAGAACAGCCAUGAUCUCUUUUCAUUCAAUCGGUAUUAAUUCAGAUAAUGUUAUAGCUUGAUUAUAUGAACAAAAAUCAAUUAAUUACAUGGGACUGGAGAAUGCUUAAAUAAUAUUCGAAGAUCGAUUUGAAGGAACAGAAAUGAUGGAAGUGCAAAUAAAAGCGGACGGCCAAGAAACAACUGUAGCGAAAAAGGAUUAGGGACUUGGAAUAUCGAACGAAUAUUCGCCAAAUUAAACGCUAUCUUCAGUUGAAAACAUCGACAAAUUAACGACGGAAAAACUUUCUAUGUAAAUUCUUUUUAUAACCGGCGGCACAGGUUUUAUGGGAAAAAUGUUAAUUGAAAAAUUAUUACGAGGAUGCCCUGGCAUAAACUGCAUUUACAUUUUGAUUCGUAGGAAAAAAGAUAAAAGUGUCCCUAAAAGAAUGGAAGAAAUUGUCGAAAAUUCGAGUUUCGUCCAUGUAUCAACGGCUUAUGCCAAUUGUCUUCAAAAUCAGAUCGAGGAGAAAUUUUAUAAUCCACCGAUGGAUGCCGACAAAUGCAUCGAUUUGAUGGAAUAUAUGGAUGAGAAAUUGCUCGAUGAUAUUACACCGCAUUUACUUGGAGUAUGGCCGAAUACAUAUGUUUAUACGAAAUCAAUCGCCGAGAAUAUCCUAAAAAGACAUGCUGGCGUAAUGCCGAUUGGAAUAUUUCGUCCAGGAAUCGUGUUACCAACAUAUAUAGAACCUACACAAGGAUGGACCGAUAAUAUGAACGGGUUAGUUGGAAUUACAGCAGGUGCUGCAAUGGGAAUAAUACGAACUAAUUUUUGCGAUGAGUCGGUAAAUGUAAACAUUAUACCUGGAGAUCUGACGACUAAUGUGCUAAUCGUUAGUGCCUGGGAUAUAGCGAAUAAUCGAAGAUCCACCGAAGAAAUUCCUAUUUAUAAUUACACAUCUACCGAUUAUCCAAUCACUUAUAAGGUAUUCACAGAACUGGCGAUGAAGAAUAUUGGAUUAUUACCGACUAACGAAGCAACUUGGUACUUAACCUUUCGGAAUAUAAAAUAUCAAUCAAUUUAUCUUCAUGUAUUUUCUACAUAUACUACCGGCUAUUAUAAUCGAUACGAUUUCCUUAUGUUUAGGUUACUCAAAAUGUAUAAAAAAAUUUAUACACUGUCGAACAUAUUCAAUUAUUUUACCUCUUCCAAAUUGAACUUUACUAAUUUACUAAAGGUGAAACGAACUGUUAAGUAAAUUAACGACGGAAGAUCGCAUAUUUUUCUUUUGUGAUAUAGAGGAUCUCAUUUGGGACACAUACUGUGAAAGUUACAUUCUAGGCAUAAGAAUGUACAUCUUAAAGGAUCCCAUUGAAACGCUUCCACAAGCUCGUAUAAAAUGGCGAAGGCUUUACUGGAUAUACCAAGCAUUCAAACUUUUUAUCUUCUGCGUAUUCCUUAUGAUAACUUGGAUGAUGACAUUCAGACACUUGUAACAUUCGAAUAUGCGUAAAAUAAACAACUGACGUUAAGGAAAGUGACAAUACAACUUUGAGAUGUUUUUUGUUUUGUUUGAAAUUGAUAUCAAUAUAGUCUAAUUAUUAUUGUGUAAAUAAUAUUAAGAUCUUCUAUACAUAAUUCUUUAUAUAAAUUUUAUAUGAAUCAUUGCGCCUGAAAAUAGACUUCAAUCUGUACUCUGUUGAUAUUUGUAGAUUUAAGCGAAUUCUAUUUCAAAUGAGGGUAUAGUACUUAAUGCG